GCGGAAACAGCUUCAAGUUGCGACGAACAUAAAUCAUAUUUUAGACCAACAAAAUGCAAUUCACUUUGCUCCUGCUCAUCGCCAGCGCUGCCUGCAUCCUGGCCGCACCCGCUCCCGCCGCCGAGGAGCAGCAAGAGUCCUCCGUGAAGGCCAAGCGGGGAUUGUCCUUGGGAUUGGGCUACCACGCCCCCCUGGUAACCCACUCGCAUUACAUCGCCGCCCCGACUUUGGUGCACCAUGCCCCCAUUAUAUCGCAUGCACCGCUCAUCGCCCACGCUCCUUUGAUUGCCCACCAUCCGGUAUCCUCGGUCUCGUAUCACCUGCCCAGCUACCACUCCAUUCACCACUUCUAA